AUGGAAAAGCGAGCUGCAGUCGUCAUCGCGAACGAGCAGUACCGCGAUCGGGACUGCUCCACCUGGUUCAGGGAUGAUCUCGGCACCGCGGCAGUGUGGAUCACGGAUCCACGGAGAGUCCGUAUAGACUCUCACGGAGCUGCCGCGGGACACGUCUGGAUCACCAGCGGUGUCCUCACGUACGUCAGCUGCUAUCUGUCUCCGAAUGAUAGCAUCUCCGAAUUUCGGGAAAAGCUCGACGUGCUGAAGGACACCCUACGCGACAAGUCCGGUGGGCUUGUCGUGGCUGGUGACUUCAACGCCCGAGCCUGCGAGUGGGGAAUGCCUCGCCCCGACACGAGGGGAAGGUUGGUGGUCGAUAUGGCCUCCAGACUGGGACUCGUCGUGUUGAACGUGGGGUCAACGCCGACGUACCGACGCCCUGGAUUCGGAGACUCGAUACCGGAUGUCACGCUGGUGUCUGAGGAUCUGGUCCAGAGAGCGGCGUACUGGAGGGUGAUUGGUGAUUUCACUGGUAGCGAUCAUAGCUACAUCACCUUCCAGUUGAUCGGCGAGCGGCAAGCGCGGCCUCCGGGGAUUAGACGCCCGAGAGGAUACGUCACCUCUCGCCUGGAUGAGGAUAGGCUCUACGCGACUCUCCAGGCGGGCGUGGAGGCCUUGCCGCAGACCUCGCGUGACCCGUCCGAUAGAGCGGGUGCCGAAGCUAUCAUACGCGGCACCCUUAACCUCAUCCGACGGGCAUGCGACGAGUCAAUGCCAAGGAGGAGGCCAUUCUCCGGCCGGCGGCAAGUGUACUGGUGGACCGACCAGAUCGCCUCCCUCAGAAGAGAAGCCCUGAGGCGACGAGCUCAACGAGCUCGAAGUCGACCGGAGGCCGCCGCGCUGUCAGAGGACUACAAGGCGGUCAAGAAACGCGAUCUCUGCGACGACCUUAACCGAGAUCCGUUCGGCGAGGGGUACAAACUCGUCACCCGAAGUCUCGGUGGGUUGUCCGCGAGCCCGGAACUGGACGCGACCACGAUACGGAGCAUUGUGGACGCUCUGUUCCCUGCACAUCCGAUGAGGAGACACGAUCUCGAUCCGGUGGCAGGGGCGGACGUCCCAAUGUUCACGGCGGCGGAACCCGCCGUUGCGGCCAGGGCUAUGAAGCUCCGCAAGGCUCCCGGGCCGGACGGCAUACCGUGGUUGCGAAGAGGUGUCUUGUACACGGGUAUUUUCCCGGCGCAGUGGAAGUCGCACGGCUCGCGUUGA